AUGUCUUCCGAUGGUUCAGAUAGUAAAUUGUAACUUCAUGUAAAUAUUCCCAUAGGAGAAGAAACAAAGGGUGGUUACCAGAACUUUGGCGGUAUGGAUUAAGAUGAGUAUGCGACUGGUACCAGGAAUGAAGAAGAAGAUCCAUACUAAAAUGACGAACAAACUUAUUAAGAACACUUUAGAAAGACUUUUAUAACUGAAAAUCAAAAGAAGCCGGCAGCUGGUCAGAUUAAAUAAACUUGGACACUACAUGAUAUGAUUAUUCCGGCUGGAAAAACUGCCAAACUGAUAAGAGUAAAAAACCCAGGAGAUAAAGAUUUCAGGAUUAGUGAAAUUUGUGAUAAACUUAAAUUCAUUAAUGCAGCACCUAUUCAGGAGUUGGCUCUGGAAUUGAAAAAUUCUGUUUAAGAAAGAGUACUUUUAGCUUAGAUUAAUGCAAUAUUUCAAUAUUUAGAUGUAAAUCUGAUUGGAGUUUCCCCAGAAAAUGAAGUUACUUAUCCUAGAAUUAAUCCCACUCAGAGAAGAGAUAACGAGCUGACCAACGGACACAGUCACUUCUUCUUAAUAGGUGAUGAAACUAAGAAAUACGAGUGGGGAGAUGAAUCUUAGCUUAAAUUUUAACUUGCUCAAAGGUAAUUUAAAUUAUUAAUCUAAUGGAUGAAUUUAGAAUAUCCCAAGGAAGAAUCCCUUAACCUCGGCAUUCCUACUAUUGUUUUAGAAGGAAGUGAUAUGGCAAAUGAGAUUUUUUCUUUUAAAGAAGAAUUCGAUGAGAAUGGAGGUGCUGAUAAAGAUUUUAAUACUACAUAUGCCUCAAAGAAAGAAGUAAUGCAAAGAGUAGCUGCUUCGAGGAUAAUUAAAUGCAGGGAAUCAUCAGAGGAUUUAGCUAGCAUAGUUCAUCUUAUGUUAGCCGUAACACUCUUUUGA